AUGGCAGAAGGAGAAUUUGCGGUAGCUGUUAUUUCUGAACCUUACAAAAUACCGCAAAACCACCCGCACUGGACUGGAAACAGAGAUAAAUCAGUAGCAAUCACAUGGAGGCGCACGCGUAACCCUCUGCCAUGCACCCCACUUAAAAGUGCCAAACAUUAUGCAGCAAUAAAAUGGGGUGAUAUGAUCCUUUUCGGUACAUACCUACCUCCUAGUUUGGACACGAGACAAUUUGAAGAAGCUCUCGAGGAAAUGGAGGAUGAAAUUCAACAGCUAGGGAAUUCUCCGAUAUAUGUCUUAGGAGACUUUAACGCAAAAGCAACCCUAUGGCAGACAGAAACCACUGAUAUACGAGGAAGGUCGGUGGUGGAAUGGGCAAGCCACCUAGGUAUGUGCUGCCUCAACCACGGUGGCAGAAGCACAUGUAUCAGAUACAUGGGGGAGUCAAUUGUAGACUUAUCCUUUGCCUCUCCAACAGCUGCCAGAAGAGUUGCAUCAUGGAAAGUUUCUGACCGCGAGAGCAAAUCAGACCAUAGCAUGACUGAAGUAGACAUAGGAGAAAAGAUAGAAGAGACGGCUACAAGACUGCAAGGCACGAUGGUAGAUGCCUGCAAUACAGCCAUGCCAAAGAGCGAGCCCAGACUGCAAAAAGCCAUGCCUUGGUGGUCCGCAGAAUUGGACGAACUAAGGGCGAACCUCUCUAUAGCUCGGCGAAGGUUAAGAAGACUAAGAAGAAGAACCUACCAGGACGACGAGGAAUUCCAAAUUAGAAUGGACGAGUUUAGGUUAGCCAGAGACACAUUUGGAAAGGCCAUCAGGAAGGCGAAAGCGAAGGCCUGGGAAGAGUUUGUUUUGACCCUAAACGAAGAUCCUUGGGGCAGGCCGUACAAGGCGGUUAUGAAGAAACUCAGAAGGUGGACCCCUCCCUUCACUGAAUCCCUAAACAGUGAAACACUGGAUAGAGUUCUUGGAAGACUCUUUCCAGGAGAUUUAGAAGACGACUGGAGGGAACCCGAGCUACCAUUCGAGGGAGAAAUGGCCUGGAGAGAAAACCUGGGAGUGACACAAGAGGAGCUUAUGCUUUCAGCGAAAAAGAUGAAAGAAAAAGAUGCAGCCCCCGGGCCAAUCGGAGUCCCAGCGAAAGCUUGGGACGUAGCGGCAACUGACAUGGCGAAAGAAUUGAGAAACACCUUCUCAGCAUGUCUCAAAAAAGGUAGUUUUCCGAAAAUGGAAAGAGGCCAAACUCGUGUUACUCAGGAAGCAUAA